UACCUGAGUGAGUUAAGGUUACCCUGUUACUAAUCAAGCAGCUUCAUUCAUUCCCCGCAUCGUGACACAGAAAAUGUCAACAAAAAUCACACAUCGCUCGCGCUGGCUUCAAUUAUCCCCACAUAGGCUGCCAUCAGGCUCCAUGGCCCCCGCAUUGCGGAUGGGAUGUUUACGGUUUGAUGGCAAAGUUUCAGCUCAGCAGGGCCCUCCUCCCCCAGCUGCCAGCAGAAAAAAAGAGGGAAAUGUCGGCGAAUCUCAACCUCUGACAGGGGGAGGAAAAAGGCCGGCACCAACGACAAUCGGGCAAGCGCUGGCUUGGCGAUCGUCUGCAGAUCCCGCUUGCAACCCCAAUCCAACCCCAAUCCGGGCUCCCUGUCAAUGAUCUGCCGGGCGAUUUGCGUCGUCGCACAUUGCUCCAGGCUUUCUCACCUCCCUCUUUCGGAUUGUUGUUUCCCAGGUUUCCCUGUGCGCCUAUCGCGAGUUUCCCAUUCCUGUCGCCUCAUUUUGUGUCGACCGCCUCGACGACAUGGACAUGGACCUGCCCUUCAAGUUAUGCACAU